UAGACUCUUUUGACGGGAAGGGCUAUAACGGGACAAACGCUUCAUAUAUACAUACAGUCAUUGGACAGACGAUAGCAAGAAUAACGCUGCUGUAUUUUGAAAGCAAAAACAAGUAUCUAUACAUUUGCAUUCUGCAUUAGUUCAUUCUGUCAAAUUGAAUCUGAGGGAGAAAAAAAACAUGUUCUACACAUGUGGUCCAAAUGAGGCUAUGGUGGUGUCAGGGCUCUGCCGUUCUCCUCCAGUAAUGAUUUCUGGAGGCAGAGUGUUUGUGCUUCCCUGUGUUCAGAAGAUCCAGAGGAUCUCCCUGAACACUCUGACGCUGAACGUGAAGAGUGAUAAAGUCUACACCCGGCAUGGGGUUCCCAUCUCGGUCACUGGUAUUGCCCAGAUGAAGAUCCAGGGGCAGAACAAGCAAAUGCUGGCCGCAGCCUGUCAGAUGUUCAUGGGGAAGUCGGAGGGCGAGAUCGCCCAAAUCGCUCUGGAGACGCUGGAGGGUCACCAGAGGGCCAUUAUUGCCCACCUGACUGUGGAGGAGAUCUAUAGGGACCGCAAGAAGUUCUCAGAGGAGGUGUUCAAGGUGGCCUCGUCUGACCUGGUCAACAUGGGCAUCAGCGUGGUCAGCUACACGCUCAAAGACGUUCACGAUGACCAGGACUACCUCCACUCCCUGGGGAAGUCCAGGACCGCCCAGGUGCAGAAAGACGCCCGCAUCGGAGAGGCCCAGUUCAAGAGGGAUGCUGUGAUCAGGGAGGCCCAUGCCAUGCAGGAGAAGAUCUCAGCCCAGUAUGUAAAUGAGAUCCAGAUGGCCAAGGCUCAGAGGGACUAUGAGCUGAAGAAAGCAUCCUAUGACAUCGAAGUCAACACCAAGAAGGCGGAGUCCGAGAUGGCCUACCAGCUACAGGUGGCCAAGACCAAGCAGCGCAUCGAGGAGGAGAAGAUGCAGGUGAAGGUGGUGGAGCGCUCUCAGCAGAUCAUGCUCCAGGAGCAGGAGAUCACCCGCAGGGAGAAGGAGCUGGAGGCCAAGGUCAAGAAGCCCGCUGAGGCCGAGAGAUACCGCCUGGAGAAGCUGGCCGAGGCCCAGCGUGCACAGCUCAUCAUGGAGGCAGAGGCUGAAGCAGAGUCCAUUAGGAUUAAGGGAGAUGCAGAGGCCUUUGCUGUGGAGGCGAAGGGGAGAGCCGAGGCGGAGCAGAUGGCCAAGAAGGCCGAAGCCUUCCAGCAGUACAAGGAGGGAGCCAUGGUGGACAUGCUGCUGGAGCAACUACCACUAAUGGCGGAAGAGAUCAGCAGGCCUCUGGCACAGGCUCAGAAGAUCACCAUGAUAUCCAGCGGCGGCGGCGAGGUGGGCGCGGCCCAGCUCACAGGGGAGGUGCUAGACAUCAUGACCCGCCUACCAGCGGCGGUGGAGAAACUGACCGGAAUCAACAUCUCACAGGUGGCGACUCGUAUGGGCUGAGGAGAGGCUCCGGGUGCUCAGGUAGACCUAUCAUCAUACCCCUGCCUGGCUGUAGUGUCUGCGUAUGUGUCUACUGUCACAGCCUUACCUUCUCUCCUCAAGUACGUUAUGCCAACGACAUAUCUGUUUCUAUGAUCAACCCUUUCUAUCGAUCCCCUCUUCUUUCCAUGUGUCUUAGUGCCCCUUUUCUCUGCCUGUCUCACCUUUCACCUCUAACCCGUUUUCUAUUUGGCCCUGGAUUCCUCCUCCUAACUGCCUGUGUCCACUGCCUUGCUGCCAAGCCCUAAGUGCAUCUUAACUGGCGAGUUCAAUGCAAGCGCGCAAUCAACUCGUCCAUCCAGUAUUGUCAUUCUCAGCGCUCGGUCUUACUCAUCAGAAGAAAAGGGGACCUGACCAAAUCCAUGUUUCAGUCUUUCAUUGUUUUUAAUGUUACUGGUUGUCGUUUUAGUCUGACAAAAUGUAAUUGGUUAAGAGAAAAUGUCAUGGCUCUGUGGGCACUAAGUUUGAGUAACAGUGAAUGUAAAAAAUAUUCACCAUUCAAAGUAUCCAAUAUUCUAAUCUAUACCUGCAAAGGCUCUUGGGAGAAGUAGUCUGAAUAGGCCAGUCAACUUGUUUCUCAAUAUAUUAUUAUUUUCUAUGGAUUUCUAUCUGUGAAAUGUGUGCUUUCCCCAUUGAUGUGUGUCUACAGUCACUGUUACGACACAUAACGUGCGUGUUUUUUGAUGUUGUUUUCAUUGUACUUUCUCACACUGAAUUAUCCUAUUUAAUCAAUAUUCGUUAGAAAGGACCUUCUAGUCAAGCAGAUUAUGUAGCAGUUUUCACAAAUGUGACUUGCAUUACUUUUGUCCAGAGUGCUAGGGGACUGGUUUACUGCUCUGUUAUAGCUGUCAAAAUGUAAUAUGACGUUAUAAUCUUGGAAUUAUUGCACUUCUGCCUAACGCUACGUACUGUAAUGUCAAGCUGUACUAUUUAUGUUAAUUGAGAUGUACUGUUAGCAUUGAAGCUACAUUAUUCUUAAGGUGGUCCUCAGAUCAACGGAAAUAGUAGCUGUGAUAAAGAAUAAUAAAGGGAGUGAUUUUCAGUUAGAAAAAUGUUGAUUGUCGUCAGAAGUAGAAAGAGAGGAGGUGUCAUGUAAAAAGAAGAAAUUCGGAAAGCAUGUACUCUCUUUUUGGGAACCUUUUGAAGCCCAAACUAAAGCUAGCUGUGUCGUAUUGUACUACUAAUAGAAAUAACUACUAAUGGACAUAACAGCAUGAUAUACAAGCAUUGAGUACAUGGCACAUACAGAAUAUACAUCCAUUGUUGCCCUCAGAACAGCCUAAUUUCAUCGGGGCAUGAA